AUGAAGGAGCAGGGCCUUGGUGAAAAAGAUGACUGGCAGAAUGGUAAUGGUCAAACUCUCAGUGGCCUUGGAAGAAUCGAGAAUGACCUUAGCGAGGAAAUUAAGAAGUUGCCUCAACAAACCGAAAUUAUCAGAAAAGCCGCAAUACGAAUAUACGCCGAGAUUGCAAAUGUCAAAAUAGAUAUGGACAAUGUCUUCAAUCCAUUUGACGUCAUGGACCAUUUGCGUCGGUUGGGGAAAAAGAUCGGCACAAGUAAAGAUGGAUACAGUGACAGCCUUCAAGCAAUUCAAAACAUGAUCAGUGAUCUGCAAUCCGGUGAUUUUACUAAUAAACCUCAAGCCAUCGGAGAUGCCAAGCAAGAAAUUGUAGAUGAACUUGGAAACCUCAGAACUACGCUGGAAGGCACUCAAGGUCAAGAUGUCAUUGAGACACUGAACGAUUUGCAGAACAAUGGACUAAGUGAAAAUAGUUGGCAUCCUAACGGUAAAAAUGAAGAAGGCCUUAAAAGCAUCGAAAAUGAACUGCAGCAUCAACAAAGUGAGCUGUCCGGCCAACCCAAGAACAUCCGGGGUGGCGUCCAAGAUAUCACCAGGGAGCUUCAAAGGCUUCAGAAGCAAUUGAAUGAACAGGUCACCGAAAAGCUAACUAAGUUAAAAAGUGACGGCCUUGGCAAUGUAGCAAGUUGGGAUAUUGACGAUAACUCCGCAAAAGGCCUCACUCAAAUCACCACAGAAAUCGUUGCCAUAAAAACCAGGGACGUGAGGGACAAACUCAAGGAGCUGUGCCGUGCCAUAAGGACGGAAGCAAACGAGUUAAGCAGGGACUUAAAGCGUCUGAAAGGUGACAGCCUUGAUGAGUUGACUGGAAUAAAAGACCAAUUGCACAACCUGCAGAUCCGUCUGGUGAGUGGGCCAAUUCAGGCCUGCAAGGAGUUCAUUGACAGGGAGGCCGACAAGUUCGGAAGGGAAUGCAUUGCUUUCCUCCACGCGUUCGUCGACGGCCAAGUGGCCACUGCAAUCGACGACAUCACAGCCUUCGCCAAGCAGCAGUGCGCCGCCAACAUCAAGGAGCUUUUGAAGUUGUUCGCCCAGAAGGUGGGAGAGGAGCUGCGGGAGUUGCCGUGGGAGAUCGACAGUGACCUGAGACUGGAGUACAAGGGCCUGAUGGCCCGAGUGGAGGACGGCUUGGAAAAUACUCUAAACGUCAAGAAACUCAAGGAGUCAAAAAGCCUCCCACCGCUGUCCUCCGCUUUCAUGCGUUUCUACUCGUCACUCGAGGACCACGUGGACAGGGAGAUAAAUCGGUUCCACGACGAGGAGCAGAGGAAGAAAAAUCCCAAGCGGCAGGACGCACAGGAGUAUUCCACUAGGCUCUCCGUGGCAAACGAGGCACUCCACACAGUGCUUACUUACAUCAAGGACAACGAUACCUUCGACCACAGACUCCGAGCGCUGCUCCGCAAACUCACCGAAGCGCUGAGUCACCUGCGACCUGAGAGCUUCGCCAAGCCCUCUACCCCCGUGCUGGACGGCCUGGUGGAGGGGCUCACAAAGUUCGCCGACGAGUUCACAUGUGCGUACGUCUCCGCCUACGCCGGGCAGACGUUCACCGAUGAAGAAGGUGAGAAGUGCGCCAAGGUCUUUCUCACCACGCUGCCCACACUGUGCGACGCCUUCACCAGGCUGGCGGAGCGCUGCGGGAAGAACGGCAGGUGGAGGGAUUUGCAGAUUGAUUCAAGCAGUAAACUCGGUGCCUUUUUCAGGCGCUCCGGCUACCGUGUUGCCACCUCUCCCUUUGACCAGGACGGCGAGCUGCGCGACGAUUGCAACGGGCACGACGUGUAUGUCCUGGUCAGCCAGAACAUUGAGGAGACAGAGAACAACGCACACCUCAAAGAAUGCCUUCCCCUCACACACGCCUGUAAUCUGAUAGAUCUCCUCCAAUGCCUCUGCACGCACCUCCAUGAGUACUAUAAGACGUGCCACCUCAAGGUGCAUCCCUCACCCCGGCCGCCGUGUUCCAUCUACGAGAUGCUCACAUGGUGCUGCGGGCUCCCGCACAACGCUGUGCAUCUUAACGUCACCCAUGAUGCCCUGCCAUCGCUGUUCGAGGCGGACGAGCAGGACUCUGCGGACUCCGACGUGCCCUUGAUGAACCUCAGCAGCCUGGCGCUGCCCGCCCACCCGCAGAAGAUAACACCGGCGUCCCUCACCGACGCACUCACGGACGUCUGCCACCGGUCGCAUUCAGUGCUCACCACGUUACUCGGCCACGGCCACGCAGGUGGCAUAUACGCCGUCGACUUCAACACCAACCCCGGAGGCCUGCUCUACCCCGGCGACGCGGACGCUUUGCUCUGCCUGCUGUACGAUGUGCUCAAACGCCUCCACCACCAGCUGUAUCUCCUCUACCGCCGGUGCCUCUACAACGCCCGGCACGGCGGAUGGCUCGACUGCUGGUACGGCCGGGGAGUCGGAGGCUCAGCGUGGAAGUGCAACACCAUGCAGUGUGCCAAUCAGCAGUGUAACCUAGGUGCCAACCAAACUGGUAACCAAAUGACCAACCAAAAUGCCAACCAAGCGUGUGACCAACAUCCCAAGUGCGGCGUCAAGUCGCCGCUCCAGUCGUUCCUGGAAGACGGCCUGGUGGGAUUCCUGCCGCAUGACCUGUCGGCAGACGGCACCUGUGUCUCAUGCCCCGCCUGCGACACUGAGUCCCCCGGCCUCCCGUGCAAGACGCCGAUGGGCCUUGCCAAUAUUACCAGGCUGGCCUCCCGUGCCUCCACAGGCAGAGCCAUCAUGGACGUCCUCGGCGCCUUCUGCGGCGGCGCUUCCUCACCCCUCACCAGACUGUGCAGCUUCCUGAAUUGCCUCCUCACUCGCCCGCCACGGACGCCAGACGACCUGUUCGCCUUUUACUACAAUUUCCUAUGUGAGUGGCGUAAGGGCGACGAGCACCGUAAGGCGGCCUUCGAGGACGCCGUCGGCGCUGCGUGCUUCCGGCAGCGGGGCGUGACACUGGACGUCAGUACAAUCUUCCGCACCAGUGACCACGGCUCAGUGCCAGACAUUCCUCACCUCACCGGGGACCUCUUCUCACUCGUCAAGUGCAACGGCACUCCACGCUCCGCUCCGUCACACCCCUGCGGCCCCUACCUCAAGCCCCUCGGCCACGACGUCCGUGCCACCUUCUCCAAGGCACACGCCCACCUCUACCUCUCCUGGGUGGUGUACCUCACGGAGACAUUCUACGACCUGCUCUGUUCACUGCUCCAGGACUGCGAGCGGAACUGCGCCGCCGCCACAUCCACCUGCCACGCCAGGAGCUGCGACAACCAAUGCACAGCCAAGCGACGGCCACUGGCCCCGAGCUCCGAGCACCAUGAUUCAUGCCCCUCCAUCGCGGACUGCGACUCCACCACGCCCACACUCUUCCAGUACGGCUUCGUGCUCAGGGACGUCCACAGCCUCGCCGGCUCCACCAGCGGCCACCAGUCCAAGCGCACCUGCGAGGAUUUCUGCAUGGCCCUCCAAGUCGCUGUCAAGCAGAUGAACCCUCUCCACAGGCUGGCGCACGAGACAAUCCCCGAGUACCUAUAUCGCAUCCGUGCGCCCUUCUUCUUCACCAUCAUCACACUCUGGCUCAUCGCCACGCUCUACAUCCUCCACUCACUCCUCUACCGCAUAGACGUGCUACGCAUCCGCUCCCACCUCCUCACCACCAGGGCCUCGCACCUCAUCGACGUCAAGGCGCUGCUCGCCGGCAGCAGGAGAAUGCUCUCACUCUACCCCGUCGAGCAAAUUAAGGCGGAGCUUGGAAGGCUUAGAGGGAAGUUGAAAGAUGACAGCAAUAAAGAUGAUGUAAUUAAGACUCUGGAAGAUUUGAAAAAUUAUGGUCUUGAAAAUGGUGCUUUUACAUUUAGUACUAAUAACAAAUGGAAAAAUGUUGGCAGUUUCAAAAGUAUCCAUAUUGACCUUAAAAAGCAAAAUGAGAUAUUGCCAAAACAGACUGGCAUAAUCAGCAAUGCUGUCGACGCAGUUAAGUUGGAGCUUGCACGGAUAGGAAUUAAGAUUCAAAAUAUUGCCGGUACUAAUGACGUCCUAGACCCGUUGCGUUGGUUUAAACGGAGCAUUGGUAAAAAUGCUCCGGAGGCGUGGAAUAUCCAAGGAAUUCACGACGCAAUUCAAAAGCUGCAAUCCGGUGAUUUUACUAAUAAACCUCAAGCCAUCGAUGCCGCCAAGCAACAAAUUGUAAAAGAACUCACUGCCAUUCGAGAUGCGCUGCAAGGCACCAAGGACAACGAUGUCAUCAAGACUCUGGAAGAUUUGAAGGGCGAUGGACUAAGUGAUAAGGAGUGGAAUCACGGAGAGAAUAAAAAAGGCCUUAAAACAAUCGAAAGUGCACUUCAAGGUCAACAAAAUACGUUGUCCAGUCAACCUGAAAAAAUCGGCGGUGGCGUCUCACAGAUCACCGGGGAGCUUACAAAGCUCCAGAAGCAGUUGAACAAUGACGUCACCGAAAAGCUCAAAUUGCUGACAGACAGUGGCCUUAAUGAAGGUAAACAACCAUGGACAAUUGAAAGUAAACCAGACAAAGGCCUCACUAAAAUCACCGAAGACAUCGAGACCAUAAAAGAAGAUAACGUUAAAGACGUGAAGGAGAAACUCAAGGAGCUGUGCACAGAAAUUCGUACCUUAGCGAGGGAGGCAAAAAGGGACUUGGAACAUGUGAAAAAAGACAGGCUGGAAUAUGAGUUGACUGGAAUAAAAGACCAAUUGCACAACCUGCAGAUCCGUCUGGUGAGUGGGCCAAUCAAGGCCUGCAAGGAGUUCAUUGACAGGGACGCCGACAGGUUCGGAAGGGAUUGCAUUGCGUCCCUCACGGCGUUCGUCAACGGCCAAGUAACCACCGCAAUCGACGACAUCACAGCCUUCGCCAAGCAGCAGUGCGCCGCCAACAUCAAGGAGCUUUUGAAGUUGUUCGCCCAGAAGGCGCGCGAGGAGCUGCGGGAGUUACCGAAUGAAAUUAAUAGAGAUCUCUACUUGGGCUACAAGGGGUUAAUAAAAUACAUGUAUGGCCCUUUGAGUUCCGAUUUGACGGGCCGUGAAGAGAGCGUUCCACAAUUAUCCUCUGCGUUCCGGGAGCUUUAUGAGCAAGUACAGACGUAUCUCCUGGGGGAGAUAGGAAGAGAGGCCGACGAGCAAAACAGGAAGAAAAAUCCUGCGCUCCCGCCGUCCGAGGAGCCGUACAACAGUAAGCUCAACGAGGUGUACGACACGCUGGCCAAGUUGCUCGCGUACUUCAAAGACAACGAUACCUUCGACCACAGACUCCAAGCCCUGCUCCGCAGCCUCACCGACGCGCUGAGUAACCUCAAGCCGGAGAGCUUCGCCAAGCCCUCAAGUCCCCUACUGGACGGCCUGGUGGAGGGGCUCACAAAGUUCGCCGCCGAGUUCACAUGUGCGUACGUCUCCGCCUACGCCGGCGCACACUUCACCGAUGAAGAAGGUGAGAAGUGCGCCAAGGUCUUUCUCACCACGCUGCCCACACUCUGCGACGCCUUCACCAGGCUGGCGGAGCGCUGCGGCAAAGGCGGUGCUGCAGGCUGGAGGGAUAUGAACAUUAAUUCAAGCAGUAACCUCGGCACGUUCCUCCAACGCUGCGGCUACAAGGUCUCCACCUCUCCUACCCUGCAGGACGGCGAGCUGCGCGACGACUGCAACGGCCACGACGUGUAUGUCCUGGUCAGCCAGAACAUUAAGGAGACCUCAGACAACGCACACCUCAAAAAAUGCCUGUCCCUCACACACGCCUGUAAUCUCUUACAGCUGCUCGAAUGUCUCUGCACGCACCUCCACCAGUACUAUAAGACGUGCCACCUCAAACUGCAUCCCUCACCCCGGCCGCCGUGCUCUGUGUACGAGAUGCUCGUCUGGUGCUGCGGGCUUACGUACAACGCCGUGCAUCUGACCGUCACUCAUGAUGCCCUGCCGUCGCUGUUCGAGGCGGAUGAGCAGGACUCUACUGACUCCGACGUGCCCUUGAUGAACCUCAGCAGCCUGGCGCUGGAGGCCCACCCGCAGAGCAUAACACCGGCGUCCCUCACCGACGCACUCACGGAGGUCUGCCACCAGUCGCACAACGUGCUCACCACGUUACUAGGCUACGGUCAUGCCGGAGGCAUCUACGCCUGCGACUUCAACACCAACCCGCAAGGCCUGCUCUACCCCGGCGACGCCGACGCUUUGCUCUGCCUGCUCUUCGACGUCCUCAAACGCCUCCACCAGCAGCUCUAUUUCCUCUACCGCCAGUGCACCUACAACGCCCGGCACGGCGGAUGGCUCGACUGCUGGUACGGCCGGGACGUCGGAGGAUCGUCAUGGAAGUGCAACAUCAUGCAGUGUGCCAACCAAAUGUGUGACCAAAAGGUUGACCAAAAUGCCAACCAAACUGGUAACCAAAUGACCAACCAAAAUGCCAACCAAACAUGUGACCAACACCCUAAGUGCGGCGUCAAGUCGCCGCUCCAGUCGUUCCUGGAAGACGGCCUGGUGGGAUUCCUCCCUCACCAGCUGUCCCCCAAUGACACCUGUGUCUCAUGCCCCGGCUGUGACACCAAGUCACCCGGCCUGCCGUGCAAGACGCCCAUGGGCCUCUCCAACAUCACCAGGCUGGCCUCCCGUGCUUCCCAAGGCCGACACAUCAUGGACGUCCUCGGCGCCUUCUGCGGCGGCGCUUCCUCCCCCCUCACCAGGCUCUGCGGCUCCCUGACUUGCCUCUUCACCCGCCCGCCACGGACGCCAGACGAACUGUUCGCCUUUUACUUCAACUUCAUAUGCGAGUGGCAUAAUGACGGCGAGCACCGUAAGGCGGCCUUCGAUGACGCCGUCGGCGCUGCGUGCUUCCGGCAGCCGGGCGUGACACUGGACGUCAGUUCUAUCUUUGGCUCCAGUGACCAUGGCACCCUGCCAAAUAUGCCUCACCUCACCGGAGAUCUCUUCUCACUCGUCGAGUGCAACGGCACUCCACUAUCUCCAGCAUCACACCCCUGCGGCCCCUACCUCAAGCCCCUCGGCCACGACCUACGCGCCACCUUCGCCAAGACACACGCCCACCUCUACCUCUCCUGGGUGGUGUACCUCACGGAGACUUUCUACGACUUCCUCAGGGAACUGCUCCAGGACUGCGAGCGCACCUGCGCCGACGCCACGUCCAACUGCCACGCCAGGAGCUGCGCCAACGACUGCACAGCCAAGCGACGGCCACUGGCCCCGAACUCCACUCACACUGCCCACUGCCCCUCCAUCGUGGACUGCGACUCCACCACGCCCACACUCUUCCGGUACGGCUUCGUCCACAGGGACAUCCACAGCCUCGCCGGCUCCACGCACGGCCACGCAGCCAAGCGGACCUGCGAGGAUUUCUGCAUGGCCCUCCAAGUCGCUGUCAAGCAGAUGAACCCUCUCCACAGGCUGGCGCACGAGACAAUCCCCGAGUACCUAUAUCGCAUCCGUGCGCCCUUCCUCUUCACCAUCACAGCGCUCUGGCUCAUUGCAGCGCUCUACAUCGCCCACUCACUCCUCUACCGCAUGGACGUAUUGCGCAUACGCUCGCACCUCCUCACCACCAGGGCCUCACACCUCAUCGACGUCAAGGCUUUGCUCGCCGGAAGCCGCAGGAUGCUCUCGCUCUACAAGGACGUCGACUACUUCGACGAUGACUUUCACUCAUGA